AUGGCAAAGCAGGUUGCCAAGGCGAAGCGUCAGCAGCCCGGAUCGAUCAUCAAAGUCCUUCGGGGCGGAAAGUGCUUUCACAUUCGGCUGCCGUCGCGCUUCUCGCUGGGCGCUGCUGUGUGCUCCUAUGGCUUCGCAAUGCUGGCCCCAAACAGCUGGCAGCCGAAUCCUGUACCCGGAGGCCGCUCUCAUUGCAAGGGAGUACUGCAGAGGCCUCUUCAGCUGCAGAGCGGCGGCGCGGUGCGAGCCACCAUUCGGCAAAGCUCCUCGCGCGUUCUCGAAGUAGCCACCUCGAAGAAACUGUCUUCGGCCGAUGUGGCAGCUCUCCACCGGCAGGUGCUAAGGAUGCUAAGACUGGGCACUGCCGACGAUGCCGUGGCCUGCGCUUUCGCAGAAGGGAGUCCAGAUCUGUCCCAGCAUACACCGGUGGGUCGACUGUUCCGGUCCCCCACCGUCUUCGAGGAUCUGGUGAAGACUUUCACUCUGUGCAACUGCGGCUGGACGAGGACUAUUUCAAUGAAUGAAAAGCUUUGCCAGCAUUUUGGCGGCCCGCUGGGCGCUUUUCCGUCGGCGGCGGUGCUGGCCAAGGUGACACCAAGGAGGCUCAAAAAGCUUUGUGGAGUUGGCUACCGCGCUGAGCGGAUCCUCAAGCUCGCGCGAGCCGCCAGGGCCGGCAGCUUAGACCCUUUGAGCGACCCAAACCUCGGGGAAGAGGACGCAAGCCAGCGCUGCAAGGGCAUCUACGGUCUCGGGCCUUUCGGCGUCGCGAACGCGCUGCAGCUCCUAGGAUUCUACAAGGACAUCCCGGCAGACAGCGAGACAUGCCGGCACUUACGGCAGGCGCGUGGCCUGCGAUCCUGCACACUUCAGAAUGUUGCGCUCGUGGCUGCCCGGGUGUACCGGCCGUAUGCACCCCACCAGUUCUUGAGAUAUUGGACAGAGCUCUGGCGGACCUACGAGCAGCGGAUGGGGACAACUGCCUGGAAGGCGGAUCCUUCGAAGUAUCGUCUCCUGACGGCCGCUCACAUGAAAGUGCCAAGGCAAAGCUACCAGGCAGCGCCCGCAAAGGAGUUACAAAAUCUAUAUCCUGACUUCGUCGCAUGCUCCCCGCGUGGUCUGCUCCCAGCCCUAGAUAACGAGGGCGAGCAUGUCUACGACUCCAUUGUUUUACUGGAGUACGUGCACGAGAUCUUCAAUGGGCCUCCACUCCUCCCCACGUCCCCUUUGGCGCGAGCCAAGGUGCGCCUGUGGAGCAAGCACGUGGACCUGCACAUCGUACCCAACUUCGAGAGGCUCCUGGCCGCCCACGACGCGGAGGCGCGCGCAAUGGCCCGCGAGGACCUUGUCCAGGCUCUUGCCCUCUUCGAGGAAGCAAUGAGUCCCCUGGCCAAAGGCCCCUUCUUCCUGGGAAGCGAUUUCUCCAUGGCGGAUGCGGUCUUGGCCCCGUGGUGGCAGCGGAUGUGCUCCGUCCUUCGUGCAUAUC